AUGGUGACCCCUACUUCAGCACUUUCACUCUACCUGGAACAAACUGAUACUGUUUGUAAAACGUUCGGUAUUCAUUUGCCUGGAAUCUCUCCGAACAUUUACAUUAUCUCUCAAGCCAUAGCUGCCUUCCGUGACGUAUCAUCACUCUUAAGCACCUGGGAGAGAGAGACAGCAGAAUCUCUUUGUCGAGCAUCUACCGUGCAAGGUCCCCAAGGUACACCCUCUUCAAAGAGCAUUCAGAGCGUCAAAGUCAUACUGGAAUCCCUUGGAAUACUGAAGGAAAGCCUGAGCUAUAUCAAUGCCGACUUCAUUUCUCAUGUGCGACUUGCAUCUUUACUAACACUUGUCGUGGAGCACCUUUUCAGUAAGAUGCGAUCGAGAAACCCUACACCGACGCUUCUUGAAUAUACACAGCUCUUUGGUCCAACGAUGAAAGAGAACGUCAAGCAGUUGACCAAAUGCGGCUUUCAUUACUUCACUGCCUCCUCAUCAUUCUAUGAGCUCCCUGACGGUGGCAGUCUCCACUUUACUGAUGUUCCAGUCAUCCCGCAACUCCCGACAAAAUCCAUGCCCAUUGCAGAUCAGAAGGUUCUUCGUGACUGGCGUGACAAUUACGGCCAACCAGUUGCACAAGUGACCGUAAGAGAUCAAUCCACUAAGGACAACGUUGGAACUCUUCCACUUUACUCCUAUACCAGGCCGCAGCCCAUACCGCAACCACUGUCAUUCUCUUUCCCCACUGAGACCUCGUCCUCAAGGCAAGGCAGCUUGCACUCCAAUGUCUCCAAUGCUGAAUUGUUAUUUUCUUCGCAAACCGUUCUGGCCAUAAAACCAGGCCUUGUCGGCCUUACUGAAAGGACACUUAUUUCCACACCUUUUUAUCUUGGAGUUGCAGCUGAAGAUAUCUACCAAGACCAGCAUAGACCUUAUUUGCCAAAGAUCAAUAUUUUUUAUCCCUCCGAACAAAACAUCUACCUUUUUGAAAGAAAUGAUCAAGUCGAUUUACCCAAGGAAGCUGUGGGAUUGGUACUUGAUGCCUUGACACCAGCGGCUAGCGAAGAAAUAAUACUGCCAGAAGAAAUUUACGAAGGAGUUGUCAGUGUUUUUAGAGAGACAAGGGAUCUGUGCAUUGAAGGUGAUGAAAGCAUAACAGAUUCUGUUGCAGAUGAAGCAGACUUCUCCGACGAUGAGCUAAACAGUGUGGUCUGUGUUGACUCUGUGACCCUGCCAACCAUCUCCACGUCUCGAGUCGGAAGAAAUAUCCGUCCACCGACCAGACUGGACUUGUAA